AUGCCCACCCCUCACCCAUACCCCCGCGUAGGCGUCGGCGUCUUCGUCUUCAGAUCCCCCACCUCCACUCACUUCCUCAUAGGCAAGCGGAAAGGGAGUAUAGGCGCAGGCACAUUCUCCCUCCCAGGAGGCCACCUCGAAACCGCCGAAACUUUCGCAACCUGUGCUGCGCGCGAAGUCCUCGAAGAAACGGGGUUGGAAAUUGAGGAUGUGCGCUUUUUGACGGCUACUGAGACUUUCUUUGCGGGUGGGGAGCAUUAUGUUACGGUUUUUGUGAGGGGGGUUGUGAGAGCAGAGCAGAGAGGGGUGGUGGAGGCGAGGGUGAUGGAGCCGGAUAAGUGCGAGGGGUGGGAAUGGGUUACGUUCCGCCAGAUGAGGGAGAUGGGUGAGGCGGAGGCGGACAAGCUGUUUUUGCCUUGUAGGAAUUUGUUACAGCAGAGGCCGGAGGUUUGCGUUGCUUUGGAAGGGAAGGCGAAGGGGGAUGAGGAGUCACGGGGGUGA